CCCCCCCCCCUCUCUCUGUGGGCGUGGCCUCCAGCAGGUCACGUGGUCUCGGUCUUUGUUGAUGUGAAGAACAGGAGGACAAAAAAAAAAAAAGUCCCGGUCCGACCGACCGACCUACCGCAUCCGUCCGAGCAUCCACCCCGGCGCACACUCGCUCCUCUUCGGCCUGGAUGCAGCUGGAAGCCCGCUCGUUCCUCCACCUGGAUCUGUGUUUGUCUCCGCGGCGGUCCGCGGUUCUCCCCGCCGGUUUGAGAGCGAGGCAGCGGGGCUGGGGGAUGGAGGCUGAGUCCGGGCUGUGAGCAGGCUGCUUUCAGGGGGAGGUGGAGGUGUGGGGGUCGGUGUGAGUGUGUGUGUGUGUGUGUGUGAGUGUGUGUGGAGCCCCAGGCCCUGCUCUGCUUUGUUAUCCGGGGCUUCGGGUAGCAGCUCCUCCCGGCUGCUCGUCGUGUUUUCAGCCGUUUUGUGUGCGGGUCUGGGUGAAGGAGUCCUCCUGAGGAGCUGCGGGAGUUUGCGGACCCUCAUGGACGAGACCCGGACCUGAAGCUGCGGAGGGUUUUUGUUCCUGAAGGACACAAUCCGUGUCGGUGUUUCCAUCCCGUCCCUGCUCUCCUCCGUGUCUUUGUGCUGCUCCGUCACACACCCUGUCCACACCUCCUCCCAGCCUCCAUCAUGGCUCCAGUGUGCCGGUCCUCCUGCCCCUGCUGCCUGCUGCUCCUCCUGCUCCUCCCGGCCGUCCUCAGCUCGUUCCCCCGCGGAGGAGGCGGCAGCAGCGCGGACUGCGGCCCCGGGAAGGCCGCCGACUGCCCAGAUCUGUCAGAGAAGAAGAGCGACCUGCGAGUGUGUGACGCCGGAACGUGUCGCUUCGGAGGAACCUGCCGCGAGAACGGAGCCGACAUCAAGUGUGUGUGCCAGUUCCACUGUCAUAAGAAGUACGUCCCUGUGUGCGGCUCCAACGGAGACACGUACCAGAACGAGUGUUUCCUGAGGAGAGCCGCCUGCAAGAAGCAGAGAGCCAUCAGCAUCCUGUCAGAGGGACCCUGUUACCACGACGGCGGCUCAGGAUCUGGAGACGGAGACGAUGAAGGUUCUGGUCGCGGUAAAAAGGCCUCGAAAUGUGGAAACUGCAAAUUUGGAGCCGAAUGUGAUGAAGACUCUGAGGACGUCCUCUGCAUGUGUAACAUCGUGUGUAACGGUCACAACGACAACCCGGUGUGCGGCAGCGACGGCGUCACCUACGACACGCCGUGUCACGUCCGGGAGGCGUCGUGUCUCAAACAGCUGAAGAUCGACAUCAAACACGUGGGCCGUUGUCAAGAUAAAAGUAGGAAGGACGACAGCAUCAAGACCAAACCAGAUAUCUAUGCUGUGUCCAAGCCUGGCGAGGGGGAGGGAUUUGUGGACAGCCCCGCCCCCUGUCCUGAUGACUACGCCCAGUUCUGUGCACACGGCCACUGUGAGAUGAGACACAACCUGGCAACCUGCAGGUGUGAGGCGGCGUACGGCGGUCCUCAGUGCGACCAGCUGCUGGACUUCAACAUCCUGUACGUGGUGCCCAGCGGUCAGAAGCUGCACUACGUCCUGAUCGCCGCCAUCAUCGGAGCCGUGCAGAUCGCCGUCAUCGUGGCCGUGGUCAUGUGCUUCACCAGGAGAUGCAACAAGACGAAGCGCGGCCGCCGACAGAAGCAGCACCUCGGUCACUUCCCGUCAGGGACGUCUUCCAGGAUGAUGUAGCUCCGCCUCCUCUUCUCUACUCAUGUUUUUAUGAAAAGUCUAAAUUUUUCGUACCACACAGACAGACUGAUUUUUGAUAUCUCGACUUUUUGGUGCCUCUUUUUUCCCCCUUUUUAAAAUGAUUUCUUCAGGGGCCUUAUUUUUAAGAUUUUCUCCUCCAUGUUUUUUUAUUUUUCCGUCUGGUCGCCGUCUGCAGAGGAUCUGAUGUUUUCCGUGGCGGAGCGAGACGCCGUGUUGGUCGUGACGCCGCCGUCCUCUCAGACUGACUCACUGUGGAUCCUCCGGCAGGAAACAUUACUUAUCUGAUUGUAUUCUCAUGUCCAACCGUCCACACAAACUGGAAACACACAGAUUGUCUCGCAGAUUGAUGCUGUUUUGUUUUAAAGGAAUAUUUACAGAUAUUUUAACCCUGUUUAUGUGACGUAAGGUUCCGGAUCAUGGAAGUCAGAACUAAUGAACCUGCUCAGUGUCGAUAUUUAAAUACUGCCGGAGUUAUGUGACUGUUUUUAUAAAGAGUCACAGAACUAAAUUCAUCUUGUUGAAGUCCAUGAAGCUCAUGAGAUGAGAUUGAUUAAAUAGAUUAAAGAGUAUUUGGGCCACAUUGAGGAAAAACAGAAGAGAAUGAAGUCAGAAAUUUAGAAGGAAAAAGUCUUAAUGUUAAUUGAGAAAAGUCUAAAAACUAAAGUUCAUGAGGAUAACUUUAUCAAGAAGGAAGAAAAACACUGAUUGUAAAAGUGAUUUCCUCCUUCAUGAGAAUAAAGUCCUGAUUUAAUGAGGACAGAAUCAACAGAGAUAUUCUGGAACAAUAAAACCUUGUGUGGUAUUUAAAUGCGGCCCGUUGCAGCAGUUCAGCACCAGAGUUUAAUAUUUAGUUGUCUCUGAAACAAAGGUUCAACUUUAACAACAGAUUAUGUUUUUUUUUUCUGUUUGAUGACUUUUAAGCGACACGAGAGCUGAUCGACGUGACGUUUAAAGGUUGUGACGUGUUGUUUCCUGUCUGUGGAGACGUGGCGCUCCAGGAGGCACUCUGAACCAGAACCAGAACCAGAACUACAGGACUAUCAGGGACCAGCGAGGCCUCCUGGUGGCGUCCGGCUGUUUUCCGUUUUGUCUCGCAGGGUUUAAAAAUCUCAGAUCGUUGAUUUGACGUUUGCUUUGUGUUUGUUACGAUGAGACGCACCUGAAAACCAAAAUGCUGUUUUUUCUACUGCUUAUAAAAAGAGCGGUCCGCGCCGACGUGUACAGGAUGUUGUUGGGAUUAUUUUAUUGAUUGAUUUUCAGCCAUUCCAGAUUGGACUGGAUUCCAAUAUGCUCUCUGUGUUUGGACGAGCUGAUGAUAAUUUAAAGAAGUUUGUUUUUUGGGGUCGAGUUUCUUCUUUUUCUAUUUGGUUUGUAACGAUGGUACGAAGUGUCCGUGUUGGUUGUUUUUCUCGUGGUAGAAGGACUAGAUGAAUAAGCUGCCGGGUUCCCUGAAGCGCUGCCGCUCUGAGGUCCGGCUGAUCUGACGGUCUCGGCCACGUUGGCGCCGGAGGGAGUCCAGCCUGAUUUACUGUAGAUGUUGUUACUGCAUGAACCAGUGAAGCUGUUGUGUAGACUGUGCUGUAGCUCAACUAGAAUUAAAUUAUGAUGUUUGACA